GAGGACUGGCAGGAAUCUGGAGCUUGCAGGAGGGGGUUCGAUCUGAAUAAUUGAGGAGCUGUUCAACAGCAGCGGCUGACUCUUGCCUUCCUUUGCCGCCACCAUCACCCCCCAUCAGAUCCGGAGAGACAGCCCGCGCUGUAAGCGCGGACCAUCAGCACCAGCCCCAGCAGCCAGUUCAUCGCCUCAAGCCCCUCUGAUAUUCAUGCCCAGGAGAAGGCUGCUUUGCUGUGGACCUUUCCUAAAAGGGAGAUCCCUGUUCACUAGAUGAAUUCCAGAACCAUCCACUAAGGCUUCCGUAGCCCUCUUCCAUCAGCUGACCUUCACUGCGACUCCUGUUACUCAAGAUGAGUGGCUUCCUGUCCUCGCUGGACCCCCGGCGGGUGCAGUGGGGGUCUGCCUGGUAUGCCAUGCACUCUAGGAUCCUGCGCACCAAACCAGUAGAGUCCAUGCUGGAGGGAACUGGGGCCACCACGGCACACGGCACCAAGCUCGCCCAGGUGCUCACAACCAUGGACCUCAUCUCUCUUGGCGUUGGCAGCUGCGUGGGCACUGGCAUGUAUGUGGUGUCUGGUCUGGUGGCCAAGGAAAUGGCGGGACCUGGUGUCAUUGUGUCCUUCAUCAUUGCUGCCGUGGCGUCUAUAUUAUCAGGUGUGUGCUAUGCAGAAUUUGGAGUCCGAGUCCCCAAGACCACAGGCUCCGCCUACACCUACAGCUAUGUCACUGUUGGCGAAUUUGUGGCAUUUUUCAUUGGCUGGAACCUGAUCCUGGAGUACCUGAUUGGCACUGCAGCUGGUGCCAGUGCUCUGAGCAGCAUGUUUGACUCACUGGCAAACCACACCAUCAGCCGCUGGAUGGUGAACAGCGUGGGAACCCUCAAUGGGCUGGGGAAAGGUGAAGAAUCAUACCCAGACCUUCUGGCUCUGGUGAUUGCUGUCAUCGUGACCGUUAUUGUUGCUCUGGGGGUGAAGAAUUCCGUGGGCUUCAACAACGUCCUCAAUGUGCUGAACCUGGCAGUAUGGGUAUUCAUCAUGAUCGCAGGCCUCUUCUUCAUCAACGGAAAGUACUGGGCAGAGGGCCAGUUCUUGCCCCACGGCUGGUCAGGGGUGCUGCAAGGAGCAGCCACGUGUUUCUAUGCUUUCAUUGGCUUUGACAUCAUUGCCACCACCGGAGAGGAAGCCAAGAAUCCCAACACAUCCAUCCCUUACGCUAUCACUGCCUCCCUGGUCAUCUGCCUGACAGCCUAUGUGUCUGUGAGCAUGAUCUUAACUCUGAUGGUGCCAUAUUAUGCCAUUGAUACGGAAUCCCCUCUCAUGGAGAUGUUUGUGGCUCAUGGCUUCUAUGCUGCAAAAUUUGUAGUGGCCAUUGGGUCGGUUGCAGGACUGACAGUCAGCUUGCUGGGCUCCCUCUUCCCAAUGCCAAGGGUCAUUUAUGCCAUGGCUGGUGAUGGACUUCUUUUCAGGUUCCUGGCUCAUGUAAGCUCCUACACAGAGACUCCAGUGGUAGCCUGCAUUGUGUCAGGGUUCCUGGCAGCUCUGCUCUCGCUGCUGGUCAGCCUGAGAGACCUGAUAGAGAUGAUGUCCAUUGGCACACUCCUCGCCUACACCUUGGUCUCUGUCUGUGUCUUGCUCCUUCGAUAUCAACCUGAGAGUGACAUUGAUGGUUUUGUCAAGUUCUUGUCUGAGGAGCACACCAAGAAGAAGGAGGGCAUUCUGGCUGAAUGUGAGAAGGAAACAUGUUCUCCUGUGAGUGAAGGGGAAGAGUUUUCUGGCCCAGCCACCAAUACAUGUGGGGCCAAAAAUCUCCCAUCUUUGGGAGACAAUGAGAUGCUCAUUGGAAAAUCAGACAAGUCAACCUACAAUGUCAACCACCCCAACUAUGGUACCGUGGACAUGACCACAGGCAUAGAAGCUGAUGAAUCUGAAAAUAUUUAUCUCAUCAAGUUGAAGAAGCUGAUUGGGCCCCGUUACUACACCUUGAGAAUCCGACUGGGUCUUCCAGGCAAAAUGGACCGGCCCACAGCAGCCACAGGGCACACGGUGACCAUCUGUGUGCUCCUGCUUUUCAUCCUCAUGUUCAUCUUCUGCUCCUUCAUCAUCUUUGGUUCUGACUACAUCUCAGAGCAGAGCUGGUGGGCCAUUCUUCUGGUUGUUCUGAUGGUGCUGCUGAUCAGCGCCCUGGUGUUUGUGAUCCUGCAGCAGCCAGAGAACCCCAAGAAGCUGCCCUACAUGGCGCCUUGCCUCCCCUUUGUGCCUGCCUUUGCCAUGCUGGUGAACAUCUAUCUCAUGCUAAAGCUCUCCACCAUCACAUGGAUCCGGUUUGCGGUCUGGUGCUUUGUGGGUGUGCUCAUCUACUUUGGGUACGGCAUCUGGAACAGCACCCUGGAAAUCAGCGCACGAGAGGAGGCUCUGCAUCAAAGCACGUACCAGCGCUACGACGUAGAUGAGCCCUUCUCCGUGGAGGACGGUUUCUCCUACGCCACUGAGGGCGAGAGCCAGGAGGACUGGGGCGGGCCGGCGGAAGACAAAGGCUUCUAUUACCAGCAGAUGUCAGAUGCGAAGGCAAACAGCCGGACGAGUAGCAAAGCUAAGAGCAAAAGCAAACACAAACAGAACUCGGAGGCCCUGAUUGCAAAUGAUGAGUUAGAUUACUCUCCUGAGUAAGAGUAAACACAAGAGGGUGGAGAUGAUGAUGAUUGAUUUCCAGUAAUUUAACCUGUGGGCUAGAAGGCGAAAACUUUUUUGAUUCUCAUUUCACAAAUCCAGCCUUCCCCCAAAGUCAAUCCCCAGUCAUAGCCUGUCAUUUGCUAUUUUUGCUCUUCAGGAUAGAUCUGUCGAAGUGUUUGACCCAGGGCCCCUAACUGGUCCCCUUGUAAACAACAAACAAAAGGCUACACAAAAUUCCAUCUUAGGUACAACCAUGAGCUGUUGGCUGCAAAUGUUUCCUAGGCCUUUGCUUCACUGGUUGAAUCCUUUUGCUUCUUUAUUGAGACCCCAAGAAGAAGGGACGAACUUCUUAACCCCAUUAAGACGGCAGCUCCUCUGGAGAUGCACAGAAGCAGGCUAUAAGAGCAGAAGGGCAAAAUUCUGUUCUCAGCCUGUGAGGCUGACAGCUGUUCUCCCAGGUCAGGGUGAGUUGGGGACAGCCCUCCCUCGAUAAGCAACAUUUGGUCCUGAAAUCUCACCUAAAAAAAAUUCCAUGGAGAAGACACAUGCUUCUUUUUAUUCACCAAUGCUCUCACAAUUUCCACACAAUAAUUUUAGAAUCCAGCAAGGGUCAAGGACUCUUGAGAUCUUUCCCCCAAAGGUUUCAGAUUCACCGUAAAACGUCAUACAGACCCAAUAAUAUGGUAGGAAGCACCAUCAACGCUCUACUUACAAGCCCAGAGAAAAUGAAAUAACCUCUUGAAGUGAAGGCCAGAAAGUCCUUGGCAGAAAUGAACUGUCUGUCAUACCUUCCCUUACACCAGUCUCUAAGCUCCUGCUGACAUGCAAGGGGGCAAAGAGGGAACAUGAUUUCAUGGUACUAAUAUGCCGUGAAGAAGUAGCUCAUUUGUUUUAGAAUCAGAUAAAAAUCUUUGCAAGAAUAAGUGACCCAGCCACUGAGAUCACAUUGCAAGUUCCAUUUCAUAUUUCCAAAAUUAUAAAUUCUGCAAUUUUUUUUUUUUUUUUUUUUUUUUUUUUUUU